AUGAUCACCGAAAUCACCUCUGCAGACCAGUUCCGUCAAGUCAUCACCCAAGACGCCAUCUCCAUCGUCGACUACCACGCUCCCUGGUGUGGUCCUAGCAAGGCCAUCCUGCCAAUGUUCGCCCAGCUGUCCGAACUCUACAACCGCAUCAACUUUUACAAAGUCGACGUCGACGAACAUGCUCAGCUUACACAGGAAGCUGGUGCUCGUGUCUACCCAACAUUUAUCAUCUACCGUGGAGGCGCAAAGGUGCAAACCAUAUCUGGCGCCAACCCCGAGGGACUCACGACGCUCAUCAAGUCUGCUGUUCGCCAGGCAUAA